AUGGAGUCGUCGCAUGGUUGUAGAGUGGUGGUGCCGAUUGACUUGAAGAAGAAACCACGGGAACAGAAACCCCCUCUUCACGAUCGAUGGCAUCCCGACAUACCUCCAGUUGCGGAGGUUAGAACUGGAGAGGUAUUCAGGGUAGAGAUGGUGGAUUCCAGUGGUGGCGGCAUAACAAAAGAGUACACUGCUGAAUACUUGAAGUAUGCAGAUCCCACUAUUGCUCUAGAUUAUUGUCAUUCUCAAGGUAUCAUGCAUCGAGAUGUGAAACCUCAUAAUGUCAUGAUUGAUCACGAGCAACGGGAACUUCAGCGGGAACUUCGGCUUAUAGACUGGGGACUUGCGGAGUUUUACCAUCCUGGUAAAGAGUACAACGUUCGUGUUGCUUCUAGGUUUGCUAUCUUCUCUCCAAUUUAG